GUGACAAGGCCACGGACUACAAAACAGAGAAUUCUGGGGGAAGGAAGUGACGACAUGGAGCAAAGCACGCUGGGGUCGGGCGGGUUCAGCCAUAGCGACUCCUUCCUCCCAGCGUGGUUGACGAGAAUCGGGCGCUGUUAGGAGUUUUAACUGUUUUUGUUAAUAGUGGUGUGGAGUGAGCUCAUUUGAUGGAAGGAGAGCUGAGUUAAAGGGUUUGAGCAUCUGCGGAGAUCGAAGCCAACGUCAAGGCGGUCUGGAAUUGAGAUUGGAAAGAUCUAGCCAGCUGGCUACCAUGAAUGAAUGGAUGAAGAAAGGCCCCUUAGAAUGGCAAGAUUACACUUACAAAGCGGUCAGCGUAACAGCCAGUGACAAGGAGUAUAAAGGAUGGGUUUUAACCACAGACCCAGUCUCUGCCAAUAUUGUCCUCGUGAACUUCCUUGAAGAUGGCAGCAUGUCUGUGACUGGAAUUAUGGGACAUGCUGUACAGACUGUUGAAAUUCUGAAUGAAGGGGACCAUAGCAUGCGAGAGAAGCUGAUGCAUUUGUUCAUGUCUGGAGACUGCAAAGCAUACAGCCCUGAGGAUCUGGAAAAGAGGAAGGACAGCCUGAAGAAAUGGCUGGAGAAGAAUCACAUCCCCAUCACCGAACAGAGAGAUUCACGAAAGACUCUCUGUGUGGCUGGGGUCUUGACUAUAGACCCACCAUAUGGUCCAGAAAAUUGCAACAGUUCUAAUGAGAUUAUUUUGUCCCGUGUUCAGGAUCUUAUUCAAGGACAUCUUGAAGCUUCCCAAUGAGAGGCUAAGAACUAUGGAUGUACUGAUUGAAAUAAGAUUUCAUAUUUUUGAAAGUUCUUUGUUGUUUUAGGUAAAAUCAAAGAUGGGGAUUAUCGGUACUAAUGAGUGAACUGGGCAAGGAUAACAUCUCAAACAAAAUUAACUUGGGGACAACAGAAUUACAAGAAUCUCUUCUUUUGAUGGGAAUACACCUCCAUUUCUAUUAGGCAAGAAAUGUAUUUGGAAAAAGAUGCAACUGUUAGAUUCGAUAUAAAAUGCUAAGGUAAAAUCGCA